UGAUAUCGGAAUCGGUAAUUAAGAGUUGGACAAUAUCUGGAUAUUGGCAAAAAAGCCAUUAUCGGACAUCUCUAAAUGUAAACAUUGUUUUGUCCAGUUACAGCAUAUUUAAGCUGUUAUUUAUUGUGGUUUGGUGUACAGUACACUUAAACUAAUAGACUGUUUAUUUUAGAGCUCUUGUAUUGGCAUUUUAUUAUAUUUAAGAUUUGUAUAUUUAUUUAAUUGCUUCCAUCCCCAUCCAUUUUUUACCGCUUAUUCCCUUCGGGGUCGCGGGUAUUUAAUUGCUUAUUCUACUUUAUACCUGUAAAUAUCCUGUAACAUGUCUCAAAAAGCUGCUAGCAAUUUAAGUGGAGCACUGAACCGAGUUAUUGUGUGCAAUGACAAAGAAUCGUAAUGCUGUCCACUUUGUUACUGUAAAAAACAGAUUAUGGAGAACGGUGGCGAUGAAAUGACGGAUCUUCAACUUCAAUCCCUGCAUAAACAGCAGGAAAACAGACAAUAUCACAAACAAAGAAAAGAAAAGGAUACAUCUGUCAAUGAUUUGGAGUUAUUAAAAAAACAAGAUAAACCCAACAUUGAUGACAGUCUUCCAAAUGGCAAUCAGUAUUUGCUGGACCAACUAAGGGAACUGAAGGACUUGAAUGGUCGCCUCUUUAAACUGCUGAGCGAAAAAGACUUUGAAAUCAAACACAUGAAGAAGAAAUGGGAACAAGAGAGGCUGGUCAUGUCUGGGGCAUCCGGCUUGGCAGGGGAUGUGGCUGCCGUCAAGAUUGUGGAGUUGUCCAAGAGAAACCGACAGUUGACCGCUGAAGUGGAGCGAGAGAGGACCAAAUCCAAACAAAACAGCAACAGACUCAAAGAGCUGGAAAAAAAUCUGCAGGCUGCUCUGCAUUCACUACCACAAGAACAAAAGAUUGUCACAGUGCAGCAACCACACUUGGAGGACAAUCCAGCAGUGAAAACCCUGAAGGAGAAAUUAGCUGCUGCCCAGCUAAGAGCCACAGAGUACCGCAACCAAGUUCAGUCUCUCAAACAGGAGUUAAAAGUGGCUCAGAAGGUUUUGAUGAGCGAGGUUGGCGAAGACAUCAACCUUCAGCAAUUAGUGAGCUGUCCAGGCAGCUUUAGAGGACGUGCACAGCAGAUGCUGGCUCUUCACGCAAGGGUGCGUGACCUCGAGCAGCAGUUGAAGCUACAGUCCUCUCUGUCAAGUGAGCUGAAUGUGGAAGACCAGCUUCCUAAAAUUAAAAAUCAGGGCAGAAACAUCAGCUACAUCCGCAGCAUCGAGAAGGAGAAAAAGGAAGCAUUUCAGAGGAUCUCAGCCAGCUAUGAAGCCCUCCAGAACGAACACGAUCAAAUGAAGAAAGAGCUGGAAGCCUCCAAAGCCAGGAACAAAUGUCUGUCUGCUGAAGCCAAAACUCUAAAGGCUCAGAUAUCUGCCCUGCUGGUGAAGAGUAAACAUGAUGAUGAGCUUGUGGACGCCCUGCUGAAAGAGAAAAACCGGAUGCUGGAGAUGCUGAGUCAGCUCACCAAACAGAACUCGGUCACCCGUCCCAGCCCGGUAUCAUCAUUCAGCAGCGCUCUCUCGGAGCAGAAAACUCUCAUCCAGAACUUGUACCAACUUGUAGCUGACAAAGAGAACACCAUCAAAGAAUUAGAGGCGAAAAUCCAGCAUGUCCCAAAUGGUGUACUGGAGAAGAGGCUAUGCCGGAUAGUCAAAUGUCGGAUUCUGGAGGAGCAGUGUGGUUUUCGCCCUGGUCGUGGAACUGUGGACCAGCUCUUUACUCUUGCCGGGGUCCUUGAGGGUGCAUGGGAGUUUUCCUGCAUGUGUUUUGGGAACUCAGAGACUGUGUCCCUCGGGAACUCCUGUGGAGAGUGCUCAGGGAGUCUGGGGAAUCGGACUCAGGGAGUCUGGGGAUUGUGGCGGUCCGCUCCCUAUAUGAUCAGUGUCAGAGCUUGGUCCGCACUGCCGGCAAUAAGUCAGACCCUUUUCCAGUGAGAGUUGGACUCCGCUAGGGCUGCCCCUUGUCACCGAUAACUUUUAUGGACAGAAUUUCUAGGCACAGUCAGGGCAUUGAGGGGAUCCUGUUUGGUGGCUG